GAAUUAUAAAGACUGUUGUAAAGGUUGGUGUGUAUCGCCUCUCCAGAAAUCUAACAUGAUUAAUCGUAUGAUGAUUUUCUUGUUAUUGUAUUUGACUUCAACAUGUAUUGUCAGCAAAGUAUCUUGGAAGCUUAGUACAAUCCCGGCUAUCUUCGGUCAUAGUAUUGUAUUAGUUUGUAAAAUAGACGACAAACUAUGGAUGUCAAAGGAGUGUCCUGUACGUCAGUGGUCUGGUGGACCAGACCAUAAAGGACUUGUAUACAAUGGAUACUCAUCAAACAAGACCAAGUAUGGAGAAUAUCUAGAAUCUUACUCAUUUUCUUUGAUAAUUAAAAACUUAUCAGAAUCAGAUGUAAAUGUUUUGUAUACUUGUUCCUGUGGCUUCGAUUCCUUUACUAACAGUUUGUCAAUGGAAGAAAACACAUUUCACUAUCCUCCUACUACAAGAAACAUGUCUUUUAGUGUUGAAAAGGGUCUUCUGCAAGUGCUCAUAGAUUUUGAAAAGGUGUUUCCCCUGCCAAUAUGUUGGCUGUACAUAGGAGUCACUUUGAAAUCAAAACUCAAUUUGGUUAAAUACCAUCUAAGCGGAAUAGUUUAUAGCUCCAUAUACGAGUUAGAAUAUCAACUUUACAAACAAACUUGCAAGAACGAACUUAUGGUGAAAUGUGAAUUCAAUGGCACAGUAAACCCAGUUAAUUUCACAGAAAACGUGACAACCAAUUGUCAAAUCUGCAUUCAACAAGUGAACAGUUAUACUCCGAAUACAACGCACGUUUCUUUUAAAAACCAGACAUCCAGACAUUUUACUAAGGAAAUUUAUGUUGUCGUCCCAAGUAUACUAGUUACUAUUCUCGUUGUUAUUGUAUUAAUAUAUUGUUUGUACAGAAACUGUCCAACCUGCAACGGUACAGCAACUACUGAAAACCCAACGGAGUACAUAAUGGUUACAUUAACAAAUGAAAUCAUAAGACGUAGAGAAAAAUAAAAUGAAAUUUAUCUUUGUCAUAUUUGCACUGUAAAACAACGGCUGGAUGAAAGUGAUUGUUAAAUAAAUAACACAUAGCUGCGAGGGUGAUAGAGCAUAUUAUUUACCCGAAAAUACAUGACAGUGGUUUUUAUACGCCCGUCAAAUUUUUGACGGGACGUAUUAUGGUAUACAAAUGUCCGGCGUCCGUCCGUCUGUCUGUCUGUCCGUCUGUCUGUCCGUCCGUCUGUCUGUCUGUCCGUCUGUCUGUCCGGCGUAAACAUGUCGCACCGUAACUUGAGAAUGACUUAUCCAAAUUUCAUGAAACUUAACAUAGUUGUUUCUUAUGAUGGUCAAACGAUCUGUAUACUUUUUGGUGAUAAUAAGAUUAAAACUUUUUGAGUUACGGGACUUAGUAACUAAAACAAGUGUGUGGUUUUUUUUUCACAUGUCGCGCCGUAUCUCAAAAACAAUUUAUGAUUAUUGCUUAAAACUUUACACACUUCUUAGUUAUAUUAAUCUUAAGAUCUGUAUACUUUUUGGUGAUGAUUCAAAAUUUUAUUUUAGAGAUAUUGAGUAUUUUGUUAAAAAAUGGGGAGGGGUUUUUCACAUGUCGCGCCGUAUCUCAAAAACAGUUCAUGACUAUUGCUUAAAACUUUACACACUUCUUAGUUAUAUUAACCUUAAGAUCUGUAUACUUUUUGGUGAUGAUUCAAAAUUUUAUUUUUGAGUUAUUGAGUAUUUUGUAAAAAAAGGAGGAGGGGUUUUUCACAUGUCGCCCCGUAUCUCAAAAACGAUUUAUGAUUAUUGCUUAAAAUUUUACACACUUCUUAGUUAUAUUAAUCUAAAGAUCUGUAUACUUUUUGGUUUUGAUUCAAAAUUUUAUUUUAGAGAUAUUGAGUUUUUUGUAAAAAAAAAAGGGGGGGGGGGUUUUCGCAUGUCACGCCGUAUGUCAGAAACUAUUUAUGCUUAUUGCAUAAAAAUUCACACACAAGACGACGGGCGUAUCAUGCGCUCAUGGCGCAGCUGUUUUUUUUUUCGAGGGAUACCAAUCAGCUCUAUCAACCUCUCAGGCUACGUGUUAUUUAAUUCAUCAUACUGAAUGUUUUAUCAUUCAUGUUUAAUAUGAAUAUAUAAAAACUAUAACGGCGUGUGCAUUACAACGUUCCGGUUAUUAGAAAACAACAAAAGUGGAGCAACAUAUAUUUUAGUAUUUUUUACAAUUUAUAUAUAUGGUCAAAACGUAGAACCUGAGGAUCGUCUUUCAAAUUAUUGUUGUAAAUUUUUUCAUUGUCCUUUAAAUUAUGGGUGUUUGAUUGGUCUACAAGAGAGAGUGACAUUCAAAAUAUCGUCUCCCGUUGAGCCAUUGGAUGGAGUAAAUUAUGUCCCUCGUAUUAGCCACUCAAAAACUUCGCACUGAAGCUCAAAAGCUGGCAUUUUAAAGGGAAGUGUAAUAAAAACUAUUAAUUACACUUCGAGGUGAAGAAAAGUUUUGUUGAGAAAUAUAAGGCUUUUAAAAGUUAAAUUGAGAUCGGAGAAACGUCAGCACAGGCCAACAUGUUAUCGGAAUGCUCGAAAAAAACAAAUACAUGGGAGAUUGUCCGAGAUCAAUCAAGAAUUUCACCAUUUAUUGUUAAAUGUCUUAUUCGUUUAUUUUAUUUUAUUUUUGUGUUAUUUUAUAGAAGUUAAUUGAUUUUUUUUAUAUAGUGUUAUGUUUUUGUUUUUGUUUUAUUUACACUUAUAUACAACUGUGGUUUUUAAGAAUUAAUAAAACAUUUUUAAAAUGUA